UAUUCACGAAUUUGCCUGCGUCUUGCCGCAAGCGUUAAGGAAGUACGUAAAAGAGACACAUGUUAGCGGGCGACGACUUUCACUGUGCCGCCGGCCCGACACCAGCUGCCGGCUCUUAAACCCUGCACCUGAAGAAACGCCGCCCCUCACGCAAGCUUCCGAUCUCACUCCGACUCCGAUGGCUUCGGCGCGCACUCAAGUUCACAUGCCAACCAUUCUCGACGGCGCCUUGGGACCACUCGCCCCAUUUCUUUCAACAUCGACCUACAGGGAGCUCGCCGUAUAGAUUAGAUCUCGAGGGUAGUCCCGACUGUGCAGUACGAACCGAGUCAUUUCCAGCCCACCACAUCCAGUUGACCUGUCGCUAAAACUCAUCAAAAACCACACAACGACUAGGCCGACUACACAAGAGUGUGAAAGAAUAAAAAAUAAAACAAAGAGAGUGUGUGAAAAAAUACAAAAGAAAACAAGGGAGAAAAAAGAGGUCGGGAACAUGGCAGAACCCGCGCCCGCGCCCACACCGACCCCCCCUCUCAUCCUCGCGCCCGCCGGCUCGCCAUCCGACCCGUCAAUCCUGGCGCACGUGCAGGGGGUGUGGGACCGGAUCCGGCCGGACUCGGCCAUCUACGGGAUCCUACUCUCCGAGAUCCGGCUAGUGUCAGCGGCGCGGGGCCGCGUGGUGGCCCUGCUAGACCUGGCGCCCGUGCACCUCAACAGCAAGCGCAUCCUGCACGGGGCGGUCAGCGGCACGCUGUGCGACUGGGCGGGCGGCAUGGCCAUCGCGAGCACGGGCGCCGACCGCACCGGUGUCAGCACCGACAUGCACGUGUCCUUCGUGUCGCCCGCCCGCGAGGGCGACACCCUCGAGAUCGAGGCCUGGGUCACGCGCGCCGGCAAGAGCCUCGGCUUCACGGCGUUCGAGAUCCGCAAGGUCGUCCCUGCCGGCAGUGGUGCAAAGGCCAGUGGUGCAAAGGGCCCCGUCGUCGCGUCGGGGAGCCAUACGAAGUAUCUCAGCUUUUACCAGCCGCCGCCGAGCAAUCAGAGUGGCUAAACUGCUUCCUGUAUCUUGUACCUACCGCGAGCAAUAGAACUAGAAAGGGGGUUUAUUACUAUUCUGGCAAUAUGGAUAGAGAUCGGAUGAGAAAAGUAGACUAGAAUGGUGGUUGUUAGAUUGUUAGAUAGUUAUCAUUCUGGACACCAUCCCUCGAGUUCUCAAAUGGCAUGCCUAGCAGCAAAGACAAAGAAAUCCUAGCCAGCGUAUAGCCAAGCAAGCAUACUGAGUAGCGACCCCGUCGGCCCCGUCUCAGAGCCUGUCAGCCUCGCCGCUAGUCCAGACUCUUUGCCGUGCCAGGCGCCUUUUCCCGAGCCAGCUUCCUCA